AAAAAAAAAAAAAAAUUCUCACCAUCUGCUGCAUUAAAUCGGUUGGAGAGAUAGAUGAGAAUUACUGUGAAUGAGCACUGGAAUAUUUGUGUACUGACAAAAUCAAUUGGCAAUAGAGCUACACUUUAUGUUGGUCAACAUAACUGACCUACACGCAAAUAUUUACACCUGUGACUUUACUACAUAACUGUAUGAAGAAACAUCAUGGACCUUAUUGAUGGCUUCAUCAUCUGGACUCUUAUGGUUACGUGUGAAGGGAUGAAGACAGUUCAUCCUGAAUGUUCUAUAGUAUUGCAUCUACAAGAAAAAGAAGCUGAAUGUCAGCUCCAAAUUGGUUUAACACAGUCUUUGUUCAACUAUAAUGCUACCAAUACAGCCUGUCUGGUUGAGUGGGAUGGUGUGAACUGCUGGCCUGCAGUCAGUGUAGGAGAGAGAGUCUCAGUGUCUUGCCCACCUCCUUUCCUCAAGUCUCAUGAGCUGAUCACCCGCACCUGCACUAGUGAGGGAUGGAGUAGGUUGAGUGUGUCUUAUUACGAUGCCUGCUUCCAGGACAACAGCACAGAGCAGGAAGAGACUGGACACAGACGAGAGUACUUUGCCAGGGUGAAGUUGAUAUACACAGUUGGGUAUGGCAUGUCCAUUGGCUCUCUCUGCAUUGCAAUCUUCAUCUUCUGCAUCUUUAGGAAGCUUCUGUGUACACGGACCUACAUCCACCUCAACCUCUUCUCCUCAUUCAUCUUGAGGGCUUUGGCUGUGUUUGUAAAGGAUGCGGUGUUAUUCGCGGAUGAGACUGUCAAUCACUGCACAGUCUCCACGGUUUUAUGCAAGGCUGUGGUGACAUGUUUCCAGUACUGUGUGUUAUCAAAUUUCUACUGGCUGCUCAUUGAGGGACUUCAUCUUCAGACACUGCUAGCAUUCACCUUCACACACACAAGAACAUUUUUCUGGUGCUAUAUUCUUAUUGGCUGGGGGGCGCCAUCUGUCACAGUAAUAAUCUGGACAUUCUUCAAACAUAAAUAUGAUAAUCAUGGGUGCUGGGAUGACCUGGACAGUGGAUAUUGGUGGAUCAUAAAAAUUCCCAUUUUGCUCUCUGUAUUUGUGAACUUUUUGGUGUUUGUUAACAUAAGCAGGAUUAUAGUUGUGAAGACAAAAACCCCAGAACUGAAUGGAGGAGAUAGGCAACUUUACAGGAGACUGGCGAAGUCAACUCUUCUGCUCAUCCCUCUUUUCGGAGUACACUACAUUGUAUUUGCUCUGUUUCCCGAGCAUGUGGGUCUAGAGGCAAGACUCUUCUUUGAACUUGUGCUAGGUUCCUUCCAGGGUUUCAUUGUGGCAUUGUUAUACUGCUUCUUGAACUGUGAGGUGCAGAAUGAAAUAAGAAAAGAGAUUGGGAAGUAUAAGUUCCGAACUGACAACAACACUUUCCAAAUGGCAACCCAGGACUUCACUGCAUAAACUUGUUUUAUCACAACUGCAUAUUAUCUUGUUAUAUCGUUAUAACACUUUUUUUUACAUGGCUGUAAGUUUUGUAUAUAAACAAAAACAAAAGAACGUAUAGGUGUGAGAAAUGGCACUUGGUUUGAUAUUUUUUCUGAUGCAAUGACAUCCAUACCAUACAUAUUUAAGUGUGACUUGUGUGUCCAAAAACUUUUUGGAUGCCGAUGUAUUGAUUUUUUCCCCCCUCACAUUUGUCUAACCUGUGGCAAAGUGUUUUGGCACACUGAAAGGUGUUAAUAUCUUAUUUGGUUUGUACUUUACAAUUUUUAACUGUUAAUAUUAAAUGUUCUGUUUCUGUAAUAUUUUUAUAUAUAUAUGUGACACCAGAGGAUGGCGCUACAUGAUCAACAUUCAAUGUGAUGCAUUACAUCAUCAAUAUCAGUUUUCCAAACAUGAGCUCUUUUUCAGUCACUAUGUACAGUAACUUGUUGGAAAUAAUAUGCAUUAAACAUUCUGUAU